ACUGGUAAGCAUGAUGAGGCCUGGAUGGUGCUCAAACAAAUCCACGACACCAACAUGCGAGCGCGAGGAGAGCCUGAGAGAGUCUUCACUGUCAACAGAAUAAAAGUCCCCAGGCAACUGGAUGAGCUGGUGGAGAUGCAAAAUGAGUCUGCCAACCCUGUCCUCAAAGUCCUCUUCAAGAUCACAACGGAGCUCAGAGGAAUCUGGUUGACUUUUCUGAGAUGUUUUAACUAUCCGGUGAAAAACAACACUGUGAAACUGGCUGCAGUCUGGUUCACUUUGUCAUUUGGGUAUUACGGACUGUCGGUGUGGUUCCCAGAUGUCAUCAAGCACCUUCAGGCUGAUGAAUAUGCCUCUAGAGUGAAGAUUCACAACAAUGAGCGCAUCGAAGACUUCACCUUCAAUUUCACACUGGAGAACCAGAUCCACAGAAAUGGUGUCUUUAUGAAUGACAGGUUUAUCAGCAUGAAGUUCAAGGCAGUCACGUUCAUUGACUCGUCUUUUGUCAACUGCUACUUUGAAGACGUCUCUUCAGUGGGAUCCGUCUUCAAAAACUGUACCUUUGUGGACUCAUUUUUUUACAACACAGAUGUUGAUGACGCCAAGCUAAAAACCUCAAAGGUGAUCAACAGCUCUUUCCACCACAACAAGACAGGCUGUCAGAUGACAUUUGAUGAUGACUACAGUGCCUAUUGGGUGUAUUUUGUUAACUUCCUGGGAACACUGGCUGUGCUACCCGGAAACAUUGUCUCUGCUCUCCUCAUGGACAAGAUAGGGCGCCUCAGUAUGUUAGGAGGCUCCAUGGUGCUAUCGGGAAUCAGCUGCUUUUUUCUUUGGUUUGGCACCAGUGAGUCGAUGAUGAUCUUCAUGUUGUGUCUCUACAACGGCCUCAGUAUCUCUGCAUGGAACUCCUUGGAUGUGGUCACCACUGAGCUGUACCCUACAGACAGGAGGGGCACUGGAUUUGGCUUCUGUAAUGCCAUCUGUAAGCUGGCAGCUGUGCUGGGCAACCUGAUCUUUGGCUCACUGGUUGGCAUCACCAAAGCUAUUCCCAUUCUGCUGGCAUCGGCUGUGCUAGUUGGAGGUGGACUGGUGGGGCUCCGGCUACCUGACACUCGUGCCAAUGUCCUCAUGUAAACCUCAGCUCAGAACAGUGUGUUGUUUACUGGGUUUUACUCAGCAAAAUGAAUCAUUUCUCACUGGUGAACUUUAAAUGACUAAAAACAAUAACUGUUGUCAAUGUUCUUGCAUAGAUUAUUUAUUUAAUGUGACUAAUCCAGAUUGAUACCCCAAACUCAAACAUAUUCCAGAUAAUGAUGUUUUUCUGAGUAAAACUCCAUGUUUAGAUGGAAAAGUAUUUUACAGAGCUGUAGAUGUACAGAGGAGAUUGAUUUGGGAAAUCAGGUUACAUGUGCACCACUUGCCAGUUUCUGGUUAACCAAACUGUUGGUGCUGUUGCACGAAUAAAAAAAGGUUUGCCUAACAUUAGCGAUAAUAAAA